AAUUCCGAGGAGGACGCGCAUCACGCAAAGAGGUAGUGUCGCUGUCUUCUGCCUGGUGUUCGCGAAAGCAUCACUUUCUUCGAGCCUGGGCAAGAAAGAGCCAUGGGCACAGUCGUAGAAACAUCGUACACGGUGGAAACCAUUCCAGGAGGUGAGCCUCUUGGAGUGGAAAAUGGAGCUAUAGCGGAUAACUGUCUCACUGCUUCCACAUUCUCAGGCCACGCGCCUCCACAUUUAGCCCGUUUAAACGGGCCUUCGGCCUGGUGCGCUGGAAAAGCAACCGACUGCUAUUUGCAAGUUGACCUUGGAAGCCUUCAUUUGCUGUGUGGUGUAGCAACACAGGGAAAUCCAGGUGGAAACAGAGAUUACGUCAAACGAUAUAAACUCCUCUCCUCCUCAGACGGCGAGAGCUGGGAUACGUAUGAGGAGAAUGGAAACGAUACCAUCGACGGAAACUCCAAUAACUGGGGCAUAAACAAGAAGGAAUUGGACAAAGAGAUCAUCACUCGAUACGUGAGGUUUUGCCCAGUCGACUGGUAUUGCUGGCCAUGCAUGAGAGUUGAAUUGUAUGGAGCUGCACUCAACAUAGGGGACGGAUUUCAAACAACUCAGUCCGAUGAUGAUGGAAGUUUUGUUGUAGAGAAAGUUUUGUAUACAACUGUUGAGACACGUGUUGAGGAGAAUGGCGAGCCAGACGACGACUCGUUGAAGGAACAAGAGAAACAGAUAAUCCGAGAGGCAAAGGAAAGGCAGCGAAUUGAAGAAGAUCAACAGAACAGAUUGGAAGAAAUUCAACUGAUUAUUGAGCAAGAAGAAGUUAAGAGAAAGCCAUCCAGCGGAGAUAUGGAUGAGAAAGAACGAAGGGAAGCUGAGGCGCGAAUCCAGUUGGUUCUCAAUGAAGAAAGAGCAUUAGAGCGGCGAGAAAAACCUGAUGGACAAGAUGUACCACCACAAAUGAAUAACAUUGAGGAGGACAGAAACGAACGGGUAACAAAAGAAUACAGCAGAAUCGAUGAAGAGCAUCGAAAACGAAUGGAAGCGCUUAGUGCGAUACUGAAUGAAGACGAAGAACGGAGGAAGAGAGAGAGAGAGGAAAGACGGUUAGCUGAAGAGGAGGCGAGGAAAAAGAGAGACGAAGAGAGACGAAAACAGGAAGAAGAAAUCAGGCGAAAGCGUGAAGAAGAAAGAGUUAAGUGGGAAGAGGAACAUCGAAAAUGGGAAGAGGAGAGAAAAAAACGAGAUAAAGAAUUGGAAGCUGUGUUAGAGGAAGGAAGGAGAAGACGAGCUGAAGAGAAGCGGAAACGAGAAGAGGAAUUGAAAAAUGCGAGAGAGGAGGAGAGAAAGAAACGGGAGGAAGAAAGGAAAAAACGUCUGGAUGAAGAGAUGAAGAAGCUGGAAGAACAAAGAAAAGAAAGGCAAGCAAAAUGGAAUAGCAGGACUGAAGUUUUCAUUCCUGAGAAGAAGGACGCCGUAGACAAUAAAAAUCGACAAGAUGAGAAAAAAAAGAUAGAGGAAGGAUGGAUCAAAAGGGUUGAAACCCCACGCAAAGUUGAGGAAGAAAUGAAACGAUUCAGAGACGAAGAACGAAAACGCCUUGAAGAGGAAAGAAAAAAGUUGUUGGAGAAGGAAAUUGAAGAGGUAGAAGCAGACAAAGAAUUUAAAUCGGAGAUUAGAGUUUUAAGGCAAGAGAGACCAGAAACCGUAACCAAAGUGUCUGUGGCAACCAUUCAGUUAGUCCCUGGAGGGGACCCCGAGGAGGAAAAGCGAAGGAUUGAGUGGAGAAUGCAGAAAAUUGAACAGGAUCGCUUGCUCAGAGAGGAAGAAGCUAAGAAAAGACAAGAAGAAGCUGAAAGGAAGAGGAAAGAAGACGAAGAACGGGCAAGACAAGAGGAAGAAAGCAGACAGAGACAACAGGAAGAAGAGAAAGAGAGGCGUCGGGAGGAAUUAAGGUUACAGAAAGAGGCCGAAGAGAGACAGAAGAGAGAAGAAGUGGAACAUAAGCAUCGAGAAGAAGAAGAACGUCGACUCAAAGCGCUCGAGGAAAGAAGGAAACGAUUAGAAGAGGAAAGGAAGAAACGAGAGGAGGAAGAACGAAUCUGGAAACGCGAACUGGAAGAAAGAAAGCAACGUGAAGAUGAAGAAAGGCGUAAACAGUUGGAGAGCAAGAAGCUUAAGCGCCGUAGUAUUGAGCGAAAGAAAUUUGAAGAGGAAGAAAAGAAGAAGCUCGAUGACAUUGAACGGAAGCGGAUUGAGGAAGAAGAAAGAGAGCGAGCAGAAGAGGAACGAAGGCGACGUGAAGAGAGGGAAAGGUGGAAACUGAAGCAAAUGGAACGAAGAAGGAGUGGAGAGAUUUACCGACAAAAAAGUGAAGAAGACAUACGAAGAAGAGAAGAGAGGUCUUCAAUUAAAGACAGGGAAAGGAAAAAGAGAGACAGCAGAAGUUUUGAAACCAAAUGGAUGUUUAUAAAUGGCGAGAGAACAGAAGUACCAGUGAAUGAAUCAUUCGUAUCGACAACAAGUCUUCCAAUUCAGAGCGAGCCUCCUGAUGUUUUCGAAGAUGAGUCGCCCAGCAGUAGAUACAGUGUAACGGUCAACACCGUGUCUACGAAAACUAUACAGAGGAGCCGCAGUUUUGAUUACAAGGAUUCAAGACAAGUCCCCAUCAUCCGCAGCAGUAACAUGUACGCAUCUGAGAGACAUAUAAGAACUGUUUCUCAGUUGUCUUUAAAAGAAGAGGUAGUGCCAUACAGAUCUCAGCCUCACUGCGAUCACCUUCUGCCCACAGAUCCUUCCGUUCAGGAAGCAGUAGAGAUGAGCUUUUUCGACAAAUAUGAAAAAAAUGAGGGUACGUUGAGACCAUUUCCCAGCUGGUACGGAGGGCUGGACAUGGGAAGUUUGCCUCAUCUUUAUUCACCCACAAAUCCCAUCGAAGACUCUGACAUAGAUCGACUGCUGAGCAUAGAGAACGAGGGCUUGAAAUCUUGGAAGCGUGUGAAAAAAUCUGGAGAGUUGGAGGUCUAUUCACGCAAAGGGCUGGAGCGAGGCAGUCCGCCUGUUACUAAGGCAGUGAUGGUCUUAAAGGAUAUUCCGUACAGAGACGCCAUUGACUUAGUUUCUGACUGGGAUGAACGGACUAAGUGGGACAAAACAUUUGACGGCGUCUCAUUUCUGGAUCAGAUGGCGGACUUUAAGGUCUUGAAAUGCUAUCAGAAGAAGAAACAUCGAUGUGUAGUGUUGGCCACCUUAGAUCGAGAAGAUGAAGAACCGUACCACGCAUGCGCUUGGAAAGGAGGCACCCAUCCGAGUGUUCCUGGGGAGGAUAACAAGCUCAAUGUAUUGAGACUGGAGACAGGUAUCUGUGGGGCCAUUAUCCGCCCUUAUCACGAUGCUACCAGAUCCUCGAAAAUCACAAUAAUCACACAGGUACGAGGCUCUAUUCCCAGUCCUCUGAAGAGCACGUUCUUGACGGGUAACCCAAGCAAGUGGCUGAUUUGGCUCAAAAAACAUUACGACACACGAGCUAAGGACAUCGUGGAGAAAGAGAACGAAGAUGAUUCCAACAAAGACGAAGCCUCUUCUGUUUCAUCCAGGUCGGAAAAACAGGAUUAACGAGUAUUGGGGAAGUUUCUUAAAAUCUUGCUCCUUUAAUGAUAUUCUCUAUCGAUUACUUAUUAAGAGGAAAUUUUUUAGAACAUUGUAAUCUAGCUGUUUAUUUUUUACAAUUUUAAGGUAAUGCUUGGCAAAAUUAAAAACAAAAAACAAAAAAAAACAGUCUUGGCUCGCAGCAGUUGAAAACUCGUGUGUAAUCAAAACCGCAUUGUUAUAGAGGUAGUUUUUAAACAUUUCCAUAUCUAUUGUAAUAGAAAUCAUUGUCUUUUCUUAUUGUUUUUUUUCUGAAAUUUUCUCUAAAAAUUGACAGAAGUGAUAGUACUAUAAGCAGCGGUCAGCGGUAAGGUCAAAUUAGGUGUACGUAUGCAAGGUUCAAUUACGUAUUAAGGAAUGAUCACGUGCGUUCCACGACCCGAAGUUUCCGUCCCGUUCAGUUUUGGAACAUACUAAAUGCGAAUAGCAGAGGUGCCAAUUUUAAAACGAGUAAAUUAAAAAGGGUUAGCUUGGCUGAUAAAGGAAAAAAAGAAAAGAUAGUAUUUUAAAGAGUUAUUACAAUCUGAAUGAAUCUCUAAGGAUCUACUUCAACUGUCACAAACUCAGCCUUAUUAUCAAAAUGUAACUUUUGCACACAUUAGAUUAGCUCUUGGCUUUGAUAACUUGAAUCCUUUCUAACGCUGUGGCUCUUCAUAGGACACCAGAAAUAUGUUACAUAAAUUAACACCUACACCUCGCAUCAUAUUUGUAUCUUAGAUUAGUGACAAGUAUCUAAAUUCUCCUUACAGCAUCAUCCCUGAAUCACACACUAAGGUCAUGAGAAUAAUGAAAAUAAUCAACAACCACAGAAGUUCUGAAUCGUUAAGCUAAUUCUCCUCGUCAGCACCUUAGGAAAUGUAUAGAGAACAGUAUGGAGAAUAUGCAUACUGAUGUUAGAGUGUAAAGGGUUACGAGCAGCUGUAGUUAUUUGAAGUCGCCUAGUUUAUCAUGUUGUGGUAAAUAAGAGUGUUGUGGAAUCUUACAUUGGUUGAAAAUAAUUGUCAUUAAGAUUAUUGGAUCGACAUCGGUGUCUGAACAACUGCACACCUACCCUCCCCUAACGGAACAUUAACCCCAACUUGAUGUCAGCUGCAGUUGACUGUUGUUGGGUGUGGGGAGGGGUAAGCACGCAGUUGCUCAGAUAUUGACAUUGAUCCAGAUUAUUCACAGGUAAUUGAUUAAGGUGUAAUGUGUAUUUAAUGAGUAGUAUUUUUUACAUGAGAAAUGAAAAUAUCUGAGCUGUUAAUCACAAGUGGUGCGUACUUAACUCCUUGGGCUAGACUUUCAUCAAAGAGUACGAAAUCAAAGCUUUAAUCUCGCAAUCUUUUUCGUAACAUUGCUACAAUUAAUUAAUUAUGCAUUUUGCAGUUCUUGUGGAAGAUGAUUAUUAAAGUGCCAGUCCACGCA